AUGCCUCUCUCCGCCGACGGCAUCCUGGGCUUCUUUGACGGCACAACCCGCCGCUGCGAAGCUUUUACGCACGUCUCACUCGCGGCGGCGGCACCGUCCGCCUCGAGCCCCACCGCCGUCACCGCCGCGCCGCGUCGCUUCCGCGGAACUCCGGUGCUGGAGGCAGACGGCGCUGAUCUGACCACCUCCAACUCCAACAACGGCGGCAACAGCAAAAAUGGUCCUGCGCAGGUGAUUCGGACUGCGACGGCCGUGCCACAGUCACAGACCUCGUCGUCGUCGUGGACUGCGGAGGUCAACGGCACACUGUACAUCUGUGCGCUGCCGGAGGUGACGUGGAACUCGAUCGCAGCGGUCACCGCCACUUCUGCGCCGUCGCAGCGGCAGCUCGCCUUCUUUAGCGAGGCGUCCGCCUUCUGCCCCUCGCUCAACCAGAGCGUUGUGCAGGGGGCACAGGGGUCUCCGCAGAGCACCGCGCAGGACGUGACGCUGUCGCUGGGCAAAGAGGAAGUGGCGGAAGACGGCAACGAGAGUCGCCACGCCGACAGGCGGUGCUGCAGCAACGGCCGGGACAAGGACAGGCGCAACGUGCAUCUCGCAACGGAGGAACUGCCGGAGGCGUCAGCCUUUGACAACGCGGACGACGCCACCGAUGACACCCGCACCCCACCACGGCCGCCGCCGAUGGCCAAGCGGCGCCACUCCUCAUCGCACCACCGCGAUCCGAUGUCGACGGAGGAUCCGCGCAAUCGGCAAGGCUCGCUCGAUCACAUCUCGCCGCAACUGUUUGCCGGCGGUGACGGCGGUACGGAUGAGAGGGAUGGGAUUCAACUUCCUGAGGCGAUGGCCGGCACGCACAGCAAGUCUUCGUCUUUGGUCUUCCGCGAUGACAGUCGUGUUGCGCGCACCACUGCCCUCCGGUCUAAGGUACAAGGGGAGAACCCAUCGCAGCUGGGUGGCGUGAGUGCGUAUCCGGCGGUGGGUUCGCCUCGGUCUCCAGUCUUGUCCACCACCGCUGGCACUCCACCCCAAUCCACCUCCUCCAACCUGCGCAGCGUAGGGGGCAUGAACCUGUCUGGCCCGACAUCGGCCGCGGACGAUGCACUGGUCGCCGGUACCGUGACGGUGCUGCUGUGGAUAGCCACCGAUGCCCCAUCCGUUGCGGUCGGCGAGGGCGAUGACUCUCUCACGGUGUCGCCGGUUCGGCAGCUGGCCUUGUCACCGCGCAACAACGACCACCACCACCACAGCGGCGACGCAGCGAGGAGCGCGGCUGGCACCGACAAGAGUACGAUGGCAGCGACGACGACUACAUUGCCAGCCUGUUUAUGCUUUAAUAUCCGGGACAUCGCCACAAUCGAGAGCUGUGACACCGACGUGACAACGACACGGGAGCGGCGUGUGCAGCGCUUAACGGCGAUGCUGGAGUCCGGCGCCCCCGUUUACACAGCCAAAAGCACGUCCGACAUCUUCGAAUGGGCGGGGGGCGCGACUAGUAACGUAGACGCCGCGAACACAAACCGCAGCCGCUCUGUCUCCCCGAUGUCUGGCUCAACGUACGGCUCGGGUCUCCGCCCGCUGCCCUUGGGUGGUCACUCGUGCUCGUUUGUGUUUUACCAAGGCGGCAUCACGCGCUGUGUGGCGUCCCUGCGGAAGUAUUCGCCCAAGCUGAUCUUCACCUGUCUGGGUGUUCGAGGCAACUACGGCAACAGCAGCAACUCUGCCAUUGCGAUGGCCGGCGAGGGAAACGGUGCGUGGAGUGGCACGGGCGGGGGAAACGCCUCGCCGAAAGGACUCCGCCGCGUCUCCAGUGCACAGAUGGGCCCCACCGACGUAUACACGGUGGAGGUCGAUGGCAACGUCUUCGCCGGGUUGGGGGGUGGGCGGCACCCUCCUCAAGCUUUAUCGGAGCGGGGGUCGGAGGGACCUCUUCCCGCGGCGGGCGAGUACUGGAAGACAUCUCUAUCACCGCCCGGAGGCCAGCAGCAGACACAACAACAGCAAAAAGGCGAGAAGUCAACCGCUGGCGGCUGGCGGGCCCGCUUUUCUCCGACUGCGCUUUUCCGACCUGGCAAACAUGCGGUGCUCGUCUCCGAUGAGGCGCAAAGUCCUCUGCACGCCGUAUCAUCUGCCUUGGUGGGCAUCGUCAAAGGAGUUGGUGGUGACAGGGAGGGACACGACCUGGGCAAGAAGCGCUGCGCGAGCCAGUCACAGACCCUUCCUGACGGCUCUUCAACGGGCAGCCGCAGCUCUGUCGCUGCUGGCGGUGGUGCCAACUCGAGCAGCUCCUCUUUUGAGGAUCUCCACGAUGAAAUGACAGCCGUGCGCCUCGGUGCGUGUUACGUACCCCCCAAGCCGUCUUUGCCACCAGUGGGGCUCGAUCCGUCGAUGGGCCUUGUGACAGCGCCGGAGUGGGAGGCCGUCUUCGAUGCCGCACCGCUGGAGGCACCAGCAGCAACAACUUCAUCACCUGCAACGACGACGCCUGCAGCGAAGGGCGUCGCAUCAAAGAGGGGGAGAGUGCUGAAUGCGGACCGCUGGCGUGCGUUUCGACGGUCCUUGUUCGAGCGUGGCGGGCUGGCCGACAACAGCGUCCGCUUUGAGGUGUGGUGCUACCUCCUGGGCGCCUACCCGAUCGGCUCCACCCAGGACGACCAGAAGGCGAUACUCUCGAAGGAAAAAGAACUGUACACCCGCCUCACCACGCAGUGGAAGUCGUUCCUAGCGGAGCAGGAGGAGCACUUCGCGGUGUAUCGCUACGCGAAGCACUCUAUCAUCAAAGACGUCGAGCGCACCGACCGCUCCCACCCAGCCUUCAGCGACGACAAAUCGGAUAUGCUGCGCGUGCUGCAGGAGCUUCUGCUCGCACAUGUGAUGUACAACAUGGAUCUUGGCUACAGCCAGGGCAUGAGCGAUGUCGCGGCGAUCGCCUCACUGGUCGCCCCGGCAUCCGAAGAGGCGGCCAUGUUUCUGUGCUUCCGCAAAAUGCUGCGUGAACACAUGGAGAGCAACUUCGUUAUUGAGGAGCGGAAGAAGGACGCCCCUUACGCGGCCGUGAAGGGGUUGCAGCGGAAGCUGUACCAGGUGCAGGUUCUGAUCCGUCACUUCCACCCCCGCCUCUACGGCCACCUAAAGAUGCGGUGUAUGGCGGAGGACAUGACGUUCUGCUUCCGCUGGCUUCUCGUGUGCUUCAAGCGCGACCUCGGCUCCCUCGCCGACACGAUGCGCUUCUGGGAUGUCCUCUUCGCCUGCCCCUACACGAAGUCCUACGAGGUCAUCGUCACCGUCGCGCUGCUCGUGGCGCUGGCACCGCAGAUUAUCACACACAUCCACGCCUACGAGAUACUGCUGCAAUUUAUGAACGUGCUGAGCAGCGGGACCAGCGUGGACCAGAUUGUGCAAUGCGCACGCGAGUUUUACGAGAACGUGUGCGUGAUCGAGACGCGAGAGCUGCGCCGGCAGCACCGCCGUGCCAUGGCGUCCGCCAAUCCUGCUACGCUGACCUCCGCUGCGGUUGCCCCGUCUGAGCCGGCGAGCAGCGAACACUUCCCCACCGUGGAGGAGAUGGUGUUGCUAUUGCUCGAAACUGACGGACCUCUGUAG